AUUACUUCUUGGUAUCUCGUUGAACUCCAACUACAGGUUUUGCAACUCUUUAGGUCAGAAUAUGGGUUGUCUGUCAUAAAGUGUAUUGGGAACAUUUGCGAGUGUUGCUUUUUUCAUCCCUCCAUAGCGAUCAAGCUGGAUUCCCGGAGCUCCUCGCCAUGUCUUGCGCGCUUUAGAUACUUCAUGGAGCAGCCGAAUUUGUACGAGGUCGCGCAACGACCCCUUAUGACUUGCUUUCCACAGCAAAGUUCAUUCUGCUACAAAGAAACUAACACCAUCGGAGACCUGAGUGAGAUUUCUGAAAACGAAAGCUCGGUUGAUAUCAGCGCAUACAUCGAUCCUGCGCAACUGAACGACGAAUUUCUGGAAGAUCUUCUGCACAACAAUAACAAACCGGAGAAAGUCAAACUGGCAGGCGCUGAUUAUGGAUACCCGCAUGUCAACAGCAGUGAGCCCAGGGUCAACCAGCAACUGUACGGCUGCAUGGCGAACUACACAGAUGCCUCUAAUUCUGAACCAAUUUAUGAGAACUAUUCCGUCAGAGGGAAACGGCCCGUGGCGAUAAAACGGGAACCAGGGGAAGAUGAUGAUCUUUGUCAGUCAUCAGUUUCCCCCGUUUUCACCAAUUCCCUUCACCGCCAUCCUGCGCAGCACAUUACGCAUCUUCAGUACCAGAUCGCGCAUUGCGCACAGACGUCUAUGCACAUCCACCCUGGCCACCCGACACCCCCUCCGACACCGGUACCCAGCCCCCACCUGCAGCAGGGACCGGUGAAGACAAGCGAGCGGGGCAGAUCCAAGAAGCACGUUGACAAAAACAGCAGCGAGUACCGCUUAAGGAGAGAGCGGAACAACGUGGCUGUCAGGAAGAGCAGGGACAAGGCGAAGAUGCGCAACGCGGAGACGCAGCAGAAGGUGUUGGAGCUGGCGGUGGACAACGAGAGACUCCGAAAGAAGGUGGAACAUCUCAGCCGUGAGCUGGAUACUCUGAGGGGCAUUUUCAAGCAACGGCCAGACGGCUCCUUCGUAUCCAUUGAUGGCCAGCUGCGCAUAAAUGAACACAUGAGUUCAAGCGACUUUGGAAAUGGGUUUAAAUGAUUAUUGCUGGAUUCUCGUGAUGAGUCGGGCAGUUGAGGUAUAGACACACGUGCCUUUUAUACAAAGCGAUUGAAAUUAUAAGCUUAUUUUCUAUACCAGUCUAUCAGACUAUCCUCUAUAGUGGAUGUAUAGCUGUUUUGUUCUACAACAUCAAACACAUGUUUUUAGAACAUUGUUAUUAUCUGAAUUUUUAUCUUUUUGAAAGAUUAUUACUACUGUGUUUACCUGCAUAGAAUUUGUCGAUGCAGCCAGGAUACAUUACAAUUUUAAUUCUUUUUCAUGUUCUAUACUCUAACAGUUUUACUUUUACUUCGGAUGUGUGCCUUUACAAUGUGCCUUAAAGCUAUAUACAGCUUCCAGAAGUCCUUAUUUUCUUAAAGGAGUAAUAUUUGUAAACCUUUUGCUGUAAUGAAGCGUAUGUGAAUAUGCUUUCAGAGAGUGUUAGAUGACUAUAAAUUCCAAAGGACGGGAAGACAUUUAUAAUACUUAGGCUUUGUACUCCGUUAUUAUACUGUAACUCUUAAAACUGGGUUGGCAUGAAGCGUUUUAAACGUUCUGUUUUAUUCUCCUAAUCUCUUCUACUUUGUGUACUUGUGUCCUGCUGCUUAUUAGAAGCACUUCGUUUUGUGCAUGUGUGUGCGUGUGUGUGCGUGCGUGUGCGUGUGCGUGCGUGUGUGUAAUGACCUGGUGUCACUUCAUGCAGUUUUUUUUUUGAUUGUUACACCUAAGGUGAUGCUUUUGACUUUUCCUGUUGGCUCAAAUUUGAUUGACUUAAACUAAGGAAACAUAAGCACUUUAAAAGACACUUCGAAAUUGUAAUACUUUUUCAAUAAAUUACAUCUGAAAUAAAUAACAUAUGUUGAAUCCAACAAUAUUAACAACAUGAAUUUUCCCUUUUAUUCUAUUGAUUGUUGUAAAAGCACAUAAAAUCCACUUGUAACCCGUAAAAAACCCAUCCAUCCAUCCAUCCAUCCGUCCAUCCAUCCACUUUCCAAACUGCUUAUCCUUCUGGGUCGUGGGGGGUCCGGAACCUAUCCCGGAAGCAAUGGGCAUGAGGCAGGGAACAACCCAGGAUGGGGGGCCAGCCCAUCGCAGGGCACACUCACACACCAUUCAUUCACACAUGCACACCUAUGGGCAAUUUAGCAACUCCAAUUAGCCUCAGCAUGUUUUUGGACUGUGGGGGGAAACCGGAGUACCCGGAGGAAACCCCACGACGACAUGGGGAGAACAUGCAAACUCCGCACACAUGUGACCCAGGCGGAGACUCGAAAAAAACUGAUCAGACUGGGGCUUGCAUAAUGAAUCGUUUAAAUGAGCAGUAGGCCUAUUUAAAUGAUGCCGAUAUUUAUUCUGUUUCAUGUGUCCCAGGAAACAUCUGAGAGGUUUUCCAGGUGGAUCCCACAGGUGGCGUGGAUCAGGCACCAUUUGUCUGGUAAAGAUGGCUAAUGUGCCGUGUUUCCUAUGACUGUACAAAAGUAAACAUGGUGAUUGUUUAGGAAAAAUAUACAUUCAGCAUAGUUCAUAACAAAAAUACAUUAUUUCAAAAGUGCAUGUCAAGCAGUUGCUAUGUUGUUUUUGUUAUUAUCAUUAUUAACAGUGGCCUAUCAUAAAAUGUACAGUUUGCUUUACAUGUAUAUAACUUUGGACAAAAAAAAGUCAGGACUUCCAUCGUCUUCCAUCUUCUGUAACAUUUUAAGAGCUCAGUUUCGUUUAACACAUAGAUUAUAUAAGCCCCUAUUCAUUUGGCAAGUUAUAAUGCUAUGAUGUUAUAAUGUGAGGUGUUCUAAUCAAGUACCUUGGUUAUGGUUACUGAAAUGCUAAUAUGGAAUAUAGCUUGUUGAACAUUGUACACGUCUAUUCUAAUGAAAGCAAAUUGUAUUAUUUAAUAAGCAGUACAUUCUCUACUCCAAGGUAAUGAAAACUGAUUUUAAUCAUUUUCAGUCUAAUAUUACUUUCAUGUGUCACUUCCUGCUUGCCACAUCUGUUUGACCCUUUUGUCCUCUCCCUCACAUGGCCUGAUGAACCUGCACCUGAUGCUUGUUUCCCCUCGUUAGUCCAUGCAUUUCGGCACCCGUUCGUAUCGCUAUUGCUAGUCUGGUCAUUAACGUUACCAACUUGUUGCCUGUAGCUAAUCCUCUCCUUUUGAUCCCCGGUGAUCCAGUUUAUUUCCAGUCUUUGUUCUCCGAGUUCAAUAAAACUCCUUUUGUUUGUCCA